AUGUCAGGACGUGUUUCUCUUGGACGCGGUUAUAUUUUAUAUCCAGUUCCAGAACCAUGUCCUGAUAUUGGAGAACGUAUUUCAAGAAUUUGCGAACAACGAAAUAAAUACAGCGACGAGAUAAGAAUACCCAUACAGCAACAGGAUCUGUACACAUUGCCGUGCGACAGUUAUCUGUAUAUCGAGGGAAAACUAACGAAGAACAGAAGGAUCGAGGGAGCUGACGUGGCUUUGACAAAUAAUUGCGUCGCGUUCAUGUUCGAUGAAAUUCGAUACGAACUCGACGGCGUGGAGAUCGAUCGCUGCAGAAACGUGGGCAUAACUAGCACGCUCAAACAUUAUGUCACAACCUCGUCCGACAGAAGCGUGAUUCUGAGGAACGCCGGCUGGGACCCGCUCACCAGCAACGAGGGAUUCUUCAAUUUCUGCGUACCUCUCUAUGCGCUGCUGGGAUUCUGCGAAGAUUACAAACGCGUGGUGAUCAACGCUCGUCACGAGUUGAUUCUUAUACGAUCGCGCAACGACAACAAUUGUCUGACGGGAGAUCAAGCGACGGAACCCUGGAUUGAAUUGUCGAAGAUACAAUGGCGAAUGCCGCACGUGUUACUGAACGAAAUAAACAAGUUGUCGAUGCUGCGCGCUCUGGAGAGCGGGCGCUACCUGAGCAUGGCUUUUCGCUCGUGGGAUCUGUACGAGUUUCCGCUGUUGCAGCAGACGACCAAGCAUUCGUGGGCCAUAAAGACCGCUACUCAGCUCGAGAAGCCGCGAUACGUCAUCUUCGCUCUGCAAACGGGUCGAAAGAACGUCAUGAGCGAGGACGUGAGCCGAUUCGAUCACUGCAACCUGACGAACGUGAAACUCUAUCUGAACGCGGAAUGCUAUCCGUACGACGACAUGAAUCUGGAUUUCGUUAGGAACAAUAAAAAUGCAGGUCGACAGUCACCGACAAUUGCGACGCGAAUGAUACGUAUAGAAAGAUUAGAGAGUAUAUGGCGGAAAACGGCUGUCGACUAG